UCCAGUGGGGCGCGGGUUCCUGGUCAUCUGCGCAGCUCUGUGGUGGUGGCAGGUGAUGGCAGGCAGCCUUCCACCUCCAUGUGACAGCCACAUCUACUGCACUGGAGAGUUGCUGCGGCAAGUCCAGCUUGCCAGGCUCUUUCAAGACGACAAAGACUUUGUUGACAUGCCACUGAAGUCCAAUCCAGAUGUGGUUCUCAAGCAAUUUGAGGAAUUAAUGAAUGCCACACCCAGUGGGGCCUUAUCCAAACUGCAGCUGGCACAGUUUGUGGAGGCUCACUUCUUUCCUCCAGGGCAGGACCUGGAAAGCUGGAUGCCUCCAGACUGGACAGACAGCAUCCCCCUCCUCAAGAGGAUUUCAGAUGAGAAGUUGCGGUCCUGGGCCCAGGUCCUGAACGCCAAGUGGAAGCAGCUGGGCAGGCGGGUGAACCCCAAUGUUCAAAUGUCUCCUUGGCGUUACUCUCUGAUCCAUGUGCCAAACCCACUGAUCGUGCCUGGGGGCCGGUUCCGUGAAUAUUACUACUGGGAUUCCUUCUGGAUCCUGGGAGGCCUCCUCCUCUCCAACAUGACCGCUACAGCCAAGGGCCUCAUCCAAAACUUCCUCUACCUAGUCAGCAAAUUUGGGCACAUCCCAAAUGGCGGCCGGGUGUACUACGAGCGUCGAAGUCAGCCGCCACUUCUCACCCUAAUGAUGGAGAGCUACUUGAGCUACACAAACGACACUGAGUUUCUACGGGAAAACAUCCACCUGCUCGAGGCUGAGUAUCACUUCUGGCAAGACUACCGGGCUGUCAAUAUCUCUGUAGGGGGCAAGCGAUACUCCCUGAAUCGCUACAAUGUCCAGGUGGGGGAACCCAGACCAGAGUCCUACAUGAAAGAUGUCGAGCUGGCAGUGGGCUUAGAGGAAGAAGCCCAACAGGGCCUUUGGGCAGAGCUGCAGAGUGCGGCCGAGUCAGGCUGGGAUUUCUCCUCCCGCUGGUUCUUGCCAGGCUCCCCACCACUGCAGGACCCACUGCAAGGCACCAGAGUGAGGGGAGUUGUGCCGGUGGAUUUAAAUGCCAUUCUUUGCAAAGUCGAGCAGCUGUUAGCCACUUUCUACCAAGUGCUUGGGGAUGGUGAGAAAGCGAGCUGGUUCUGGGCUGCGCGGAGGCAGCGGGUGGCUGCCGUCACUGCUGUCCUGUGGAAUGAGGAUGCUGGUGUCUGGCUGGACUAUCACCUCCUCCACCAGAGGCACAACCGGGCCUUCUACCCCUCCAACCUAAGCCCCCUGUGGACUGAGUGUGGCGUGGAUCUGCCCAGGACGGAGAAGGCACUCCACUACCUGGAGGAGAGUUCGGCCCUAUCCUAUGCUAAUGGACUGCCCACCUCCCUGACAGAGACGGGACAGCAAUGGGACCUUCCAAAUGCUUGGGCCCCCCUCCAGCACAUGGUGAUCUUAGGUCUGGCUAAAUCUUCCUCUCCCCGGGCACGAGAGCUGGCCUUCAGCCUGGCUCAGCGCUGGCUGCAGAUGAACCUGGCUGUCUACGAGAAGUAUGGAGGCAUGUUUGAGAAGUAUGAUGUCGAAGGUGAUGGGAAGCCAGGUGGUGGUGGGGAGUAUCCAGUGCAGGAAGGGUUUGGCUGGACGAAUGGGGUGGUCCUGCAACUGCUAGAUCUGUAUGGAGAGCAGCUCACGGCUGCCAGCUCUCUCUGCUCUCCCUCCUGGCCCUGGAUUGGGGCCUGCCUUAUCCUGGUCCUGUUCUCACAGCUUCCUGGAUUGCUCGGGGAUGGACCUGUCCAAUGGGAAGGGUAGCCAUCUCCUUGGCUUGGCUCUCGAGAUCCUCUGAUGGGUGUGGCCCAGCUUCAGCAGAACAACUGUGGGUGUGCAUACCCUGCACAGCCUGUAGGAGAACCCUUCCCUCCUCAGUCAUCCCUGGCAGUGUGGCCAGACGGUGGUGCAUAUGCAUAGGCAAUAAAGUUCUCCGAGUACAUUGCC